AUGUCCUGCAAGAUAGAAGGUCUCCUGGUUUUACUUCUCUUCGGCUAUGAAGCCACACUGGGAUCAUCCACUGAGGAUGAGGGUGAGGACCCCUGGUAUCACAAAACAUGCAAGUGUGACUGCCAUGGAGGUGCCAACACUUUGUGGUCAGCGGGUGCCACCUCCUUAGACUGCAUGCCAGAAUGUCCAUAUCAUACACCUCUGGGUUUUGAAUCAGGAGAAGUCACAGAGGACCAGAUCACCUGCUCAAACCUGGGACAGUACGUGGGCUGGUAUUCCUCGUGGACUGCUCACAAGGCCCGGCUCAACAGUCAGGGUUUCGGGUGUGCGUGGCUCUCCAAAUUCCAAGACAGCAACCAGUGGCUACAAAUAGACCUAAAAGAGGUCAAGGUCAUUUCAGGGAUCCUUACCCAGGGGCGCUGUGACAUCGAUGAGUGGAUGACCAAGUACAGCGUGCAGUACAGGAGCGAUGAAAGUCUGAACUGGGUGUUUUAUAAGGACCAAACCGGAAACAAUCGGGUCUUCUAUGGAAAUUCAGACCGCACCUCCACAGUCCAGAACCUGCUCCGACCCCCAAUCAUUGCCCGCUUCAUCAGAUUGAUCCCGCUGGGCUGGCAUGUUCGCAUUGCAAUCCGGAUGGAGCUGCUGCAGUGUGCCAGCAAAUGUGCCUGA